AUGUCUUACAGCACCUCCGCCCCGAAGCAGUCGUCCUCGUCGGCGUCGUCGGUGACGAGCAGCAGCAGCACGUCGUCAACGCUGUCGCGCUACUGGACCUCGCUGGUGGAGCUCUUCUCCUUCUUCCCGGCCAACGGCACCGUCGACGCCGCCGCCGCCAAGGUGCUGCGCUGCAAGUACAGCGGCGACGAGGACCUGCUGGACGUCGAGGGCUGGGAGGAGGCCGACGAUCUGUGGAGGGGCGUCGUCGUCGGCGGCGGGGUCAUGAGUUUUGUGUGA